AUGGCCGCGGACAAGCCCACAGAGGUGCAGGAACGACUUCCCAUGGAGCUGAUCCAGCAUAUUCUAACGAUGAUCCCUGCAUUUGAAGAAGUCGCGGUGAGCGAUCCCGACUGGGUCAGCCUCUUCACUAUAAUGGACAACGGCCUCGACGAAGGCGCCCUCGAGCAUCAUCUCUCCUUCGGACUGGCCCACAUUCAACGCUUCACACAAGCCAAAGACGCCCAAUGGACGCUCGAGGAGUUCGAUUCCGAAGACGAGGCAGAGCUCAUCCCCACGCCGUGGUUUUCCGAUCCGGACAGAGGACCCGAGGAUGUCUAG